CGCAGACGCCAUACUAAAAGUCAAAAUGGCUGCCCCAAGGAAGCCCGCACCGCGCAGCUAAGAAGGGUUGGGGAACAAGCUUCUGCGGGAAAGGGGGAGGGGGGCUCUCGGAAGAGCCGUCGCCAGAACCAUAGGCAGGAGUAUCGCCCCCCCCGAGAUGCACAGCAGAAGCUGAAGAAAAAUAGCCUGGCUGUGUCCUUAUAACCUCAACACAGUCGGUAGGAUGAAGAAAAUCAGACCACAAGUUAGACCUACGUCAACUCGUAACUUGUCCUCUCAGGAUGGCUCCAAGUCUGAAUCUCCCAAGGAACACAUUUCCAGGCAGUACUGGAUUACAGAAGGUUCUAGUUUCAGAUACCCCUUGACAUAACUUUUGAACUAUCCGGAAAAAUACUGGCCAGGAAAAAUGAUAAAAUUUUUCCUCAUGGUGAAUAAACAAGGGCAGACCCGACUUUCUAAGUACUAUGAACAUGUGGAGAUUAAUAAGCGUACACUUCUGGAAACGGAAGUCAUAAGGAGCUGUCUCUCCCGAUCCAAUGAGCAAUGCUCUUUCAUUGAAUUUAAGGAUUUUAAGCUGAUAUAUCGACAGUAUGCAGCUCUCUUCAUUGUGGUUGGAGUUAAUGACACUGAGAAUGAGAUGGCAAUUUAUGAAUUCAUCCAUAACUUUGUGGAAGUUUUAGAUGAAUACUUCAGCCGCGUGAGUGAAUUAGAUAUAAUGUUUAAUUUGGAUAAAGUACACAUUAUUUUGGAUGAGAUGGUGUUGAAUGGCUGCAUUGUGGAAAUGAAUCGGGCAAGAAUUCUUGCCCCUCUACUCAUUCUUGAUAAAAUGUCAGAAAGCUGAAUAAUGGAAGUCUCUGCCAGGCAACAUCAACUUGUGGAAGUGAGAAUGCCAUGGAAUACCUCUUUACAUCUGUAGCCCAAAAAGUCUGCAAGACUGUACCCUGCAAAAUGGGGUACCCUUCCAAAGACAUUUUAUAUAGGUGUUUUCCACAGUUCCUAAGUGGAAAACAAACUGUAUUUUAAAAUAUGGUGUACAAAGAAAAUUUUUCUCUAAGAGACAAAUUUUAUUUUCUAACCAUAAGCAUUUUUUCCCCACUUGUUCAACUUUUGUUGAGUUCUGAGGGUAUCUUUUUUGUUCUUUGCUUUCCUUUGUAUAUUUAAUUCAGGAUAGCAGCAUGAGAAGAACAUGAGACAACUAUCAGCCAAUAAAGUUCUAAACACAGAGCACUUCGAAUGUUUUCUGAAUGCUUUUUCCUUAAAAUGUCUUAAGUCCAAACUUCACUGAAUUGUGUACCUAAUAAAAAUCGAGAAUUAAAUUUGAUUUGCCAGUUUC